UAAAAAAAAAUUUGAAGUUUGAAUUUUUCUUUUUGGGUUUUAUAAGUUGAACAAUUUUACUUGAUUUUUUUUUACAAAAAUUUGAUUUUUUAGUAUAAAUGUUUUUCAAAAAAAAAUGUUUGAAUAUAUUGUAGUUUUAGACAGAUUUAUAGUCAAUUUUUUCCCGUUUUUGACUAAUAAAUCAUUAGGAUAGAGUUAAUUUAUUCCAUAUUAUAUUUUGGUGUGAUCCAUUAGAGAUGUGGACUGGUUUAGUUCCAUGGACAGCCCACAUAUUUUGGUGUGAUCUAUUAGAGAGAAUAAAUUCAUCUAAAAAAUAAAUUUUUGAAAAUGCAUGUUUAGUACUUUGAAGUCUGAGGGUCCAAAAGUCAAAUGCUCCCAGGCCCGAGUAUCAAAGCAAGCCGCAACCACUUUCUCGAGAAUGGAGCCCCUCCUUCUAAACCUCGUACGGACGGUGGUUUGAUUUAGAUCUACUUCUUUCCGGCGACAUUUUCAUAACUUUUUAAAAAAUUCUUCACUUUUCACCGGUGCUUCUCUCGUCCUAAACUCCCAAGGAAAUCUCAAGUCAUGGAAUCUUUCAACAGUCUGAUGGAAACCUCUUACCAAAGAAAUGCUUUCAACAUCUCAACUCAGUACAGUUUGACACUCUCUUCAGACCGUUGCGUUUAGCUCGGUUCUGACUAGAGUCUUUCAAAGCUGUAAUCCUACAAUUUUCCUCCAUGCUAUAUCUCCUUUGUUAAGUCCAAGCUCCUACAAUAGGAAGACCUUACCGGUGUUUUCUCCAGAUCUGCAAACGGUGCUUCUGCUCCUCAUUUAAAGUUUCCUCCAAGACCUCUUAUUCUCAAGCUUAGAGUUUUCUCAGACCCAAAGGAUGUCUCAACCAAGUAACAACCUCAACUUGAACAAUAAGGAACCGCAUGAAGAGGAAGAUGAUGACUUGGUUAUCCUUCCCGACGUCGACAACUCUGAGCUCAUUGCUCGCUACCAACUCAGCCUAGUGGGUAGGCUCUUCAAGAAAGAGCGACGAAGUGUUGAAGCCCUCAUUGCUCUCCUGCCUAGACCUAGUAUCUGGGAUGUGGAAGGUAGAGCCAGAGGUGUGGAUUUAGGGAACUAUAGGUUUCAAUUUGACUUUGAUUCAGAAGCGGACCUUCAUAAGGUGUUAAGCAAACGUCCAUGCCAUUUCAACAAGUGGUCUUUCGCUUUGGAACGCUGGACUCCCCACAUAGGCCAUUCAUUCCCUAACAAGAUGACUUUCUGGGUUAGCGUCACUGGUAUCCCGACACACUUUUGGCUUGACCCAAUCUUCAGAGCACUGGGGAAGAGACUCGGGCUAGUAGGAAAUGUGGAAGCAAAGGCAGCAAAAUUUGAGCUGGAGCUGUAUGCAGAGCUUCCCUUGAAGGUUAAUCUCCGUGCCCAACUACCCUCGGGUGAAAUCGUCCCUGUAUCUCUAGAAUACUCAAACCUCCACCGCUGGUGCCACAACUGCCGCCUCCUAUCUCAUGAAGUCGAAACUUGCCCCCAGCUAUCUGAUGAACAUAAAGAACAUCUCACUAAAGAGAAAGAGUUAACAAGAGACCAAGGUCUAUACUCCAGAAAUGAGGCAAAUAGGAAUGGCGAGAACUCAAGGAGAUCGAGAGCACCUGAUUCAAAGGCUCCUGUGCUGCAAGAAAGGCGACCGGGAGAUUACUCUCAAAGAGACAACAGGGACAGCGUUUGGAAACGCAUUGACUCCCGUAAUGCUUCUAGAGAGAAUCCCCGCCGAGACCACCAUCAUGCUCCUCGUGAACUAGAAAAGCAGCCACACCAAAAAGAAACUUACAACAAGAGAAGAUAUGAGGAAUCUUUUGCCUCAAGUAGACAAAGAGUAGAAGAACGGAAAGCAACGAGCAAAAUUUUACCUUCUAAGAAAAUCUCUGAGGAAGAGCACCUCCCCUCAGCCUCUCGCGCGAAACAACCUGCUCUCCCUACUGCCCCGCUUGAACCCGUGACUGAGGAACCUCAACGAGAAAGCAUCAGAACUUCAUCCCCAGAACAUGUAAGAGAAAGGCCAUUUAAGCUUAACCUUCAAAAGAGAUCAUCAGCAAAUCAAAAGCUGAAAGGGAAAGAGUCUGACUUGGAAAUCGCAUCUGACGAAGGAAGCUCUGCAAUAAAAAGCUUAAAUUUCAACGAUGAGAAGCUUCUUUCCCUAAACAAUCCACAAGACGCCCCGCUGCUAAUCCCCCCUGUAAAAGAAAAAGAAAAGAGCUGGUAUGAGCAGACUCUAGAAGAAGAAGAGAUUCUGAAUCAAGAGAUAAUUAACAAAACUGACAUGCCUGUGGAGAAGACGAUGGAGACAGUGGAGGAUCCCGAUGCUGAAAAAAUCUUAGAGGAUGAAGAUUGGAUGGUUAAUGAGGUUAACUAUGAUGAUGAUGACCUGAUGGAUGAAGAUGACUUGCUAAUUGAAGAUAUGGAACAGGAGGAGGCGUUGAUCGUCUCUGCGAAAGUGUCGAAGCAAUUGGCGAUUGAUGGUCUCUCUGCUUUGGAGGAAAGCAAUAAAUUUUCUGAGAAAACAAGCCCACAUGCUCGAUCAGAUCACCGCUCGGAUUCUCGUUCUACUCAGACGCCUUCCUCCAGUUCGCGUCCAUCUCCGGCGAAGAAGAAAAGAGGUUCUCCAAGCCCCAUCGCUACUGGCGUUUCUCUCAGACAAAGAAACCUUGUGGUGGGCCGGACUUCAUCAAAGCAAAAAGUUUCAAAGAAUAGGCCAAAACUCCAUAAGGGUCUCUCUACAGCCUAUACUCAAGUUCCAAGUGAUAUUGAAAAAGCAGAGAUGUUUCCGAAGAACAUUAAAAAAUCAGCCAAGGUGGGAAGUAAUAAACCACCAAAAAUUCCAGGAUGA